AGAUACAUUAUGUUCCACCACUGCUUGUGUGCCUGCUUUGUCUGACUUCCUGCGGAUUCCAGAAGCAAGCAAAUGAUCUGAAGAGAAACAAAACGGACUAUGGCUUGUCUUGCAAUGACAAAUAUGGAAAGUACAGCAACUUCUACUGUCCACCAGAAUGGUGACAUCCUUGGGAAUACCAGUGCACCCAAGCAGACGGAACCAUUGCUUCAAGUGUACCUUUAUCAUGCUCCUGGGAAGACAGGAGGAGAUUACCUUCAAUUUCCAGCUGGAGAAUAUGUUGCAGAAGAGAUUUGCACUGCUGCCUGUAAAGCCUGUGGUAUCAUGCCAGUGUAUCACAACAUGUUUGCACUCAUGAGUGAAACAGAGAGAAUGUGGUAUCCCCCAAAUCACAUCUUCCAUGUAGAUGAAGCAACUAGACUCGUCCUAAUUUACCGAAUAAGGUUUUACUUUCCCCACUGGUAUUGCAAUGGCACCAACAGGGCAUAUCGCUAUGGCAUUCUUCGUGGUACAGAGAGCCCUGUUCUUGAUGAUAUUGUCAUGUCUUACUUAUUUGCACAGUGGCGAGCUGAUUUUUUGGAUGGAUGGGUACAGAUGCCUGUUACUCACGAAACACAAGAAGAAUGCCUUGGAAUGGCCGUUCUAGAUAUGAUGAGAAUGGCCAAAGAAAAGGACCAAACCCCACUGGCUAUUUACAAUUCAGUCAGCUACAAGAGGUUUUUACCUAAAUGUGUGCGUGCAAAAAUCCAAGACUACCACAUUUUGACACGUAAAAGAAUACGUUACCGGUUCCGCAAAUUUAUACAACAGUUUGGCCAAUGCAAAGCUACUGCCAGAAACUUGAAACUUAAGUAUCUUAUAAAUCUGGAAACCCUUCAGUCUGCCUUCUAUUCAGAGGUUUUUGAAGUGAAAGAACCUGGUGGAGGUCCUUCUGGAGAAGAGAGUUUUGCGACCAUUGUAAUAACUGGAAAUGGUGGAAUUCAGUGGUCAAGAGGAAAACUUAAAGACUGUGAGACAUUAGCAGAGCAGGUAAUUUCUUUUAUUAUUUUA